CGGCACAAAUCCCCCCCGGCCGCCCAUUCACAACUCCUUGGCGCGGGAGGGUUGGCCGGCCUGGCGCACUGCAAGAUGGCGACGAGCGGCAAGCCUCGCCACGGGCAGCCCAAGAACAUCUCGUCGCUCAUCUCGCGGCUGCACGGGGCCUUCGCCGAUGCCAUGGCGCCGCCCAAGCUCGUCAUAGACAGACGGACCCUGGAGAAGACCUGGAAGCUCAUGGACAAGGUGGUCAAGCAGUGCCAGCAGACCAAGAUGAAUCUGAAGAACUCGCCUCCCUUCAUCUUGGACAUUUUGCCCGACACCUACCAGCACCUGAGGCUCGUCUACACCAAGUACGAGAACAGCCUCCACGCCCUCAACAGCAACGAGUACUUCAAGGUCUUUGUGGAGAACAUGAUGCGCAAGUGCAAGCAGGCGCUACGGCUGUUCAAGGAGGGCAAGGAGCUGAUGUUUGACGAGAGCUCGCACUACAGGCGCAACCUGACGAAACUCUCGCUGGUCUUCUCGCACAUGCUGUCCGAGCUCAAGGCCACCUUCCCCCAGGGCUCCUUUGCGGGCGACCAGUUCCGGAUCACCAAGGGCGACGCGGCGGAUUUUUGGAAAAAGUGCUUCGGAGACAGAACGGUGGUGCCUUGGAGAUACUUCCGCGACACGCUGAGCGAGGUGCACCCCAUAGGCUCUGGGCUGGAGGCCAUGGCGCUAAAGUCCACCAUAGACCUGACCUGCAAUGAUUACAUAUCCAGUUUCGAGUUCGAUGUCUUCACCAGACUAUUCCAGCCAUGGCCAACGUUGUUACGCAACUGGCAGAUCCUAGCAGUCACACAUCCGGGUUACGUUGCCUUCCUCACUUAUGAUGAGGUCAAAGCCAGAUUACAAAAAUAUAUUAACAAACCAGGAAGUUAUGUGUUCCGACUGUCAUGUACACGGCUGGGCCAGUGGGCCAUUGGCUACGUGACGAGUGAUGGCAGUAUCCUUCAAACCAUUCCGCAGAAUAAGUCCCUCUGUCAGGCGCUCCUCGAUGGACACAGAGAAGGAUUCUAUUUGUAUCCCGACGGGCGGAAUAUAAAUCCAGACUUGUCUUGGGUUGUACAAGACACUCCAGAGGACCAUAUAAAGGAUUCCGAAGGCCAGGGCUGCCCCUUCUGCCGAGCAGAGAUCAAGGGAACGGAGACAAUCAUAGUGGACCCGUUUGACCCUCACAAACAGCACCGCACGCAAUCUCUGUCUAGUGGUCAGCUGAUAUAUAUGGAGGAGGAGGAUGAGGCUGCCCAGAAAGAUCAACACCCCCCCAAGGACGACGUCACGACCGCAGGCGAGUGCCGCGAAGCUUCCGGUGCCUCAAGGAGAGACAAGGAGAGCCCUAAGGUCGGGCAGCGGCCGUCGGGAGCCGCGGCGAGAGGCGCGAGCGGCGCGGCGGCUGCGCCAAAGAGGCGACCGACCGAAAAGCCCAAGUGGUAUGUCGACACCCCCGAGCCCAGCGAUCCGCCGCAGAUCCCGAGCAGAUCCACAGGAGGCGCCGAGCCAAGGCGCUCGUCGUCCACGCCGUCGCCCGGGGCCAAGAGGGCGAGCAAAUCCCUGGUCGAGCGUCCGAGGUCUCACGAGAUCGCGAAGACUGCGUCGCUGAAGGGACGGCAGAAGGCGAGGAGGUCGCUGGAUCUGCUGGCGGAGGAAAGACACACGAAGCACCGGCGGCCUCCUCCUCCGGUGCCCCAGAGCGAUGGCGAGGACGGAGGAGAGGAAGUGAAAGAGCAAGAACGGAAAGAAGAGGAGGUGACAGAGAGACCUCCGCCCAUUCCUCCUCUGCCUUCCUUCUUUCGCAACAACAAAAUGCCUCCGAGAUCCGCCUCAACUUAUUCGUCUCCCUCUUCCAGCUCCUCCGCUUGCUCCUCCCCGUCUCUCUCCCGACAGCUAGCGGAGGAGGAAGAGAAGAAACAGAGAAAAAUGGAAAGAACCGAAAUAGUGAAAAAACUGAAGAUGCUGCUGCCUUCAUUCGACGACAAGGACAUCAGCGACGAGGAGGCUGCCCUCCCGCUGCCCCACGAGCUCGAGGGCAAGGACAUCAGCGACCUGAUGCGCUUCGUCGAGGCCAGCUGCGAGGACAGCGGCGCGUACCCGAACCUCGUCUACGAGUACAGCGAGCUCCCGAACGGGGCGCCACCGCCGUCGCCGCCCGCGCGCUUCGACAGCAUGCCCCCCGGACGACCCGACUCGAACCCCUCUCCUCCGGCAGCGGCGACGCCCCCCUCCGCGAGCCCCAAAGAGGGCGGCGGGGGGGGAGCCAAGCCCAAGGAAGCCUCGCAGCCUCCUCAGCCGAUUCGAAGGAUCACCCUGAAGAAGAAGCAAGCCGAGAGGAAGGACGAAGGUGCUGCUGCAGACGGUGGGGGGCGGGGCGAGGCCGCGGAGAAGGGAUCGCGGAGCCCCCUGAUGUCUCCCGGAGCCUCCCCUCGGGUCCUCAGGAGAGAUGACGUCAUCCCCCCGCCCCCCGUGCCCCCCAGGAAGGCCAGCCCCGCCCCCAGCCCCCCCUCGACCCCCUCCAUGCCGCACAGACUCGGCCUCCACGACCUCGACGACGAAGAGGAGCUGGAGCUUCCCCCCGCCCCCCCACGGACGCUCUCCUCCUCCACCCUCUCCACGCCCAUGGUCGUCAACGCGCCCUCGACGCCCAUCACGCCCAUGUCUCCGCCGAGGACCAUUACAAUCGUCACGCUCGACCCCAACAACGUCGCGGUCGAGUCGUCGACCGUCGGGCCCACCAAGGACGGGGGGUCGGCCCUCAUCGGCGGCGGCGGCGGAGUGCGGAAGCCCAGCGCGCCUUCGCCCCUGCGGCACCGCCCCCUCUCGGUGCCACACAUAGUGCCAAGGACCAGUAAGCUGAUGCGCGUGUCUGGCUCGAACCCUUCGCUGUCGUCCUCGUCGUCCUCGCCCACGUCGACGCCCGCCACGACGCCCACGCCCUCCGCCCCGCCCUUCCCCCCGCACUACCCCGCCUGUACCUCGUCCUCCUCCUCCUCCGCGCCCUUCGCCUCCGUCAGCCUGCCCAGCUGCUCCUCCUCCCAGUCGACGGCGCAGCAGCAGUACCAGCGGCAGCAGGGCACGCCCACGUCCCCCCUAGGAGGCCCCCCGACCACCACGGCGCCGCCCCCGCCCGUGUGCCUGUCCUCGCCCGUCACCGUCACCUACACGCCCGUGCUCACCUCCGACGGCGACCUGGCGAUCCCGCCCGAGGCCUCCACCACCUCCGCCACGCCGACCACCACCACCGUCACCACCACCACGCCCUCCUCCUCCUCCCCCUCCUCCAUAGGCUUCAGCUCCUCCUCCUCCUCCUCCGUCACCACGAGUGUUACCUUCUCCUCCACCUCCACCUGCUCCUCGUCCUCCGCGCCGUCGUCCUGCCCCCCCGUCACCGUCGUCAGCGUCGCCGUCACGCCCAGACCGAGGACGAUCCUGCCGUCGCACUCCUCCCUCAUGCCCCCCACCCCCUCCACCACCCCCUCCCCCUCGUCCCCUUCCUCCAUCACUUCGUCUACCUCAUCUUCGUCUUCGUCGGCCUCCAUCACGGGCAUCGCGGGGGGAGGCCCGGCGGACGUCGACAGAAGACCCAGCGGGACCAGUCACGCCGGAGAGCUGGAGGACAUCCACGAGGAGCCGCCGUACGAGAACACCACUCUGCCCCCGCCAGUUUGUUCAGCGACUGCGAGGAAGUCUGCGACGGAUUCUGACCUUCCGAACUUCCCUGCGCCCUCUGCACCGCCGCUGGCCUUGAUCACGAAGUCCCUCUCGGCCGACAGGAGCAUGAACGUCUCUGAGGGCGCGGGCGAGGGCGAGGACGCCCACACUGCGUACGAGAACCUGCACAUGGACUACCUGGCGACGCUAACGCAGGAGGGCUUCGCGCAGGACGCCGUCAUCCGCGCUCUGGUCAUCACGAGGAACGACAUCGUGAUGGCCAGAGACAUCCUCAGGGAAUUCGCCUCCAAGAGAAAUUAGGGAGAGAGAAGGAAGGAAGGAAGGAGGAGGAAGGAGAAGAAUCGAUGGAGAAGGAAAGAGAAGGAAGGAUAAAAGCAGAGAUUUUGGUGGCGAUGGCGUAGUGAGGGAGAACAUAGAAAGGGCGGGAAGGAGGGGAAGAGAAGGAGUGAGAUGGAGGAAGACGGAGAAAGAAGAGAACAUAUUGUAAAAGGUAAAGAAGAGGGAAGAGAGAGAGAGAGACAGAGAGAGAGAAUACGAAGCGAUUGAUUUAUUGGUGGAGAAGGAAAAAUGAACAAUGUUGGAAAUGCAAAGAGAAGAGAGAAAUAGUAUGUGAAACGAAAGAGAGAGAAGGAUGGAGGAAUAUCAGAAAGGGAAGUAAAAUAGAAGAUAAAUCGGAAGUAAAUAGUAAUACAAAUGAAAAAAAAAACAAUGAAAAUAGUGAUAAUAUAAUUAUAUAUACGUAUGCCUUGUAAUUUAGCGAGAUAUGACAAGUGGUUCCCCCUCUGAAGACAUAUAACUGAAACGAGCAAGAAAAAAAAGAAAAUAGUGUAAGAUAGCAAAAUUAAAAAGUGCUAAAGUGUAUAGAUAUAAGUAAAACGAAGAAUUUACAACCAAUGUUUAAGUGCUGAAGUGUCUGGAUCAUGUAUUUAUGAUCUUCAUUUGCUUUCGUCGUAAAUUCGGUUUUCUUUUUCUUUGUCUCUCUAUUGUCUCUCCUCCCCCCCUCCCUCCCCAAGUGAAUGCAAAAUGAGGAAACAAGUAUAAAACUUUUGGGGUUUUUAUUCCCGUUAAAAAAGUGUUUUAACCAUGGUGCUCUUCGGAGAAUUUAAUAUACUGUUAUAGAUAUUACACCAAAAAUAAUAUAUAUAUAUAUACAUAUUAAAAACAGGUCAGUGUUGCGUUUUUACUUUAUUUUAUUAUUACUAUUUUUCUUUGACGAGGAGAACAUCCCUUUGGCGGGAGUUCGUUUUCCUUACAUGUAGAUUGUUGAACAGGAACCAAUGUAAUUAUAACUAUAUUUAUAUCUUAUUCUAUUUACUAGAAACGCGUACAAUCAAGCAUAGAAAGUGGUUUGUGUUGGCAUUCUAGUAUGUGAGCACAGAACCCUUGCGUUUUUAAUCAUGUAGUACAAUGUGUUCUUAUCUAUACUCUGACACGUCGAUGGUGUGAGUUGCCAGUUCGCGGCAAUUUGUUUUUGUGCCAAUUGUUACCUGAUAGGACAGGAAAUUUUAGGGAGAAGAUAAAUAAAUAAUUAAAGAAGAACAACUAAGAGAACAAAGCGCAAUGAAAUAAGCAUUAACAAGUUUUAAAUAAUUGAAUCUGUACCUGUGACUAGGCAUCCCAGAGUACCCGUUGGUGGGCGAAGUGGGGGAAAAGAGGAAAUCUUGGGGACAUAAAUGGGUUAGUUUUUGAGGGGAAAUAAGAGCGGCGAGGCAGAUUUUAGGGAGAAAUGAAGAUUAUACAAGAGAGAAAAAAAAAUGUAGGGGAGAAAUUGGUAGUAUUUCAGGUUUAGAAAUACAAAAAACCGGGAAUUAAAAAACAAACAAACCCAGCAAGAACGAUUCACAGUAUUAUUGGAGCCAAAAAAAAAAAAAAAAAAACAGACGCAUAAAAAUAGCUGAUCAAUUUACGGAAGGCAAGGGAUAUAAAGGCACAGUUAGCAAGAUAAUCAUGAUAUAUGAAGGUGCAAUAAUAUCCCCCAAUUCCUCAGUUCUCCCCCCCUUUGCGAAACCUGCGGGAGACUCAAGCAUUCGACAUAAUCCUAACCUAUUUCAGGAUUAUGCUCGACGAAAAUAUGGGAGAUAAAAUGAUAGAAAAAAAAUGCAAGAAAGAUAUAUAACAAAGAAAACAGCUUAUUUAUUUGCUGUUCAAAGAUACGAUGAUAACAAGAACUUAGGUCUCUUAGACAUCCAAAACUUGACUUACGGGGCUACCAACAGAUGCAAUUACAACUGACCCACUGGUGUGUACAUACGUUAUAUAUACGGUAUAUAUGUAUAUUUGAAGGAAUUCUCCGUAUCAAUUUUUGCUCUGAUUGUGCCGUAUUGUUGGCACUGUACACUCCUUACACCGGAACUAUGGUGUCCCUCUUCAUUUUCUACAGUGAGAUGAACAUAGUCACAAUUCCCUUUUUCAAAUCCUAGUUAUUUCUGUUCAUUCUUAUCAUUAUUAGUAUCACACACACAUACACGCAUAUAUAAGUAUAUAGACAUUUUUUUUUUCUUUCAUUUUUAUUAGAAUGGAUAAGUGUUUCAUUUUGUUUUUGUUUUGUUUUUUCUUAUUAAUUUUCAGUAUUUUUUUUCUGGUGUCUGAAUUAAACUGAAAAUCGAGAGCCGAGAUAAACGUUUAUGCACAGAAAACGGACGUGAAAUGUUUCUAAACGCAAAAAAGAUACAUUAA